AGACGGAACCGAGCGCGUCCGAACCGCGUCUGCGCCGCGCCGAACCGAACCGAGCCGAACCGAGCCGAGAGCCGGAUCCCGGAGCCCGGAGCCCGGAGCCGACUCUGAGUCUGCGUCCGCACGACUUUUAUUUGGGACUUUUACUCCGGGACUUUAGGAGCUGCGGGUCCUGACACCGAGUCCUGCGCGGCUCCAGUCCGCGGCUCCAGUCCGCCCCGGGAGCGUCUGAGCGGCUCUGGUUCGGAGGUUGGUCCCGCGGUUGGUCCCGGUGGUUGGUCCCGGUGGUCCCGGUGCUGUUGGCGGACUGUCGGGACUGUGUGCUUCUGGAGCGGCCGGUCCCGGGGCUCUGGGGCUCGGUGGAGUUUGGAACUUUUCGGCCUCCAUUUUGAACCCCCACCCCCGCCCCCCUCCUCCUUCUCUUCCGGUGUGGAUGCGGCUCCCGCUGACGUCACUGGGGGGUCGGUAGGUCGGGGAUGGGGCUCCGGGGGCCCCCGGGCCGGACCUGCUCCUCCUGCGGGCUCUGGCUGCUCCUGCUGCGGCUCCUGCUGCGCUGCUCCGCGGACGAAGAGGUGCUGUUGGACACGAGGCAGUCGACCUCUGACCUCCGUUGGAGCGUGUAUCCGGGCGAUGACCCUCAGUGGGACGAGGUCAGCGUCCUGGACGACGAGAGGAACACGGUCCGGACCUUCGAGAUCUGCACCCCCCACAGCGCCACCUCCCACUGGCUCCGCACCAACUGGGUCCCACGCCACAGCGCCACCACCCUCUACGUGGAGAUCAGGUUCACCAUGAUGGAGUGUUCGUCGUUAAACCAGCGUCAGUGUAAAGAGACUUUCACCGUCUUCCUGUUUGAGUCGGAUCAGGCCACGCCCCCCGGCGCCGCCGCAGACUCCGCCCCCCCGGAGCCCUUCGUGAAGGUGGCGACGGUGGCGGCGGACUUCCUGCUGCGGCGCGGGGGGGACGGGGUGCGGCGCUCCAACACUCGGCUGCUGCCGUUGGACGGUCUGACGAGGGCGGGGCUUCACCUGGCGCUGCAGAGUCAGGGCACCUGCAUGGCCCUGCUGUCACUCAAAGUCUUCUACAGGAAGUGCCCGCCCCUCCGCGCCGCCUUCGCCGCCUUCCCCGAAACUGUGCCCCACGCGUUGGUGCAGCAGGCUCAGGGUGUGUGUGUGGAGAACGCGGUGACUCCUCCUGGUGAACACACUACACUUCCCAUCAUGCUCUGCGGUCAGGACGGGCAGUGGGUGGGGCAGCCCUCCUCCUCCUGCGCCUGUCGCCCCGGAUACGAACCGACAGGUGACACCCGCUGCAGAGCGUGUCCCGCCGCUCACUUCAAACCCUCGUCCGGUUUGGGGGCGUGUACUUCCUGUCCGGACUUCAGCGGGACUCUGGUACCAGGCUCCGCCUACUGCCUCUGUCGCCACGGUUACCUGAGAGCCGACUCGGACCCGCCCAGCGCCGCCUGCUCCAAGCCUCCGUCGGCGCCGCGCUCUCCGGUGUCUCAGUUGAACGCGUCGGGGGCGGUGGUGUUGGAGUGGGGCGCUCCGGAGGACAGCGGGGGGCGCUCUGACCUGUGGUACCGCGUCCUGUGCCGCCGCUGCCCGGACGCCGCCGCCGCCGCCUGCCCCCCCUGCGGCGCCGACGUGCUGAUCGGCCCCGCCCCCACCGUCACGCAGCGCCGCGUCGUCGUGGUCGGACUCCGCCCCCGGACGCUCUACGUCUUCACCGUCCAAUCGCUGAACGGCGUCUCCUCCCUCAGCCAAUCACAGCCCGCCGCCGUCCAGGUCAACGUCACCACCAACACCAACGUCCCAGGUCUGGUCUCUGGACUCAGGAGGACUUCGGUCUCGGAGAACUCUCUGACUCUGGAAUGGACCCCCCCAAAUCCGGACCAGAACUCGGACCAGCCCCGGACUCAGACCCCAAACCGCAUCCUGGACUAUCAGCUGCGCUACUGCCCCAAGGACGGCGAGGGCUCGGGGCAGUGGCAGUACGUGUCCAGCAGGGGGCCGUCUCUGGUUCUGGUCGGACUCAGGAGGUCCCAGAAGUACCUGGUCCAGGUCCGGGCCCGGUCCAGUACCGGGUAUGGACCGUUCAGCGCCGAGACCAGCUUCAGCACCCUGCCCGAAGGUCACUCUCACCUGGUGUUGACGUCCGUCCUCGUUACCAUGACGAUCCUGCUGCUGGUGGGCGGGGCUAUGGUCGCCGCUUUGUGCUACAGUGACUCUCGCCGGGCACCAGAAGAAGAUCUUGUCGUCCAUCCAGACGCUGCGCUGCUCCGACCAAUCACAGACGCCCACGCUGCUCUACUGACCAACCAGAGAGCCCCAGGUCCUCUACAGCCCCGCCCCCUGCCCCACCGACCAACCAGAGAGCCCCAGGUCCUCUACAGCCCCGCCCCCUGCCCCACCGACCAACCAGAGAGCCCCAGGUCCUCUACAGCCCCGCCCCCUGCCCCACCGACCAACCAGAGAGCCCCGGGACCCCUACAGCCCGCCCCCCUACCCACCGACCAACCACACGACCCCCCCCCCCCCCCCGCCUCUUUUGAACCAAUCAGAAAGUCUUAA